AUGUCCCGUUGGUGCCGAGUCGAGAGGGCAUUUCGGGAGCUGAGCGAGAAGGAGUCCUGGAUCAUUGUGAAAAGCUCUGCGAAUAUCGAGCUGGUGCAUGGCGUGGAAGCCUCGGUUGGCGGGGGGCCACCUGGGGAAGGGCAGUUUACCAGGGCGCAGGACCGUGACAAACUGGCUCCAGUCCUUGCUCAAGCUUUGCGGCGGAAGCUCUAUUUCCUUCUGCGGGAUCAAGACUUUGUGAGCUACCGUGUGCUGCUGAACUUGCAGGCCGUGUACCUCAAAGGCCUUCGGGCUGAGCCAUGCUUCGAGCCAGUCCCCGACUUGGGGCCGGAGGGAAUCGGUAACCUGGAGCCGAACACUGCCAUGAAGUUCCUGUAUCAACAUGGCUUUGCAAGAGUACGUGAGAGGGACCGUGCCGGAUGGUCACCCUUGCACUAUGCAGCUCUUCGGGGCGAUUCAUCCGUGAUCAAGGCUUUACUCAUGGAGCGGGCGGAUCCGAAUUCGACGACGAAGGGCGACCAGCCGCGAGUAGGCAUGCCGCCUUGGACGUCAGCAGUGGCCAUUUGUUUGUUCUAUCACCACAACGAUGCAGCGCGACUGCUGAUCUCAGCAAAGGCGAAUGUGAAUCACACUGGAGACUAUGUGCGGCCAGCCAUGACCUGUGCGGCAGAUGCGAACAAUCCCGAAGGCAUACGUAUUCUUUGUGAAGCUGGUUGCAGACCGGACGUGCGCAACCUUUUCGGCAUCUCUGCAUUUGAGUCGGCCAGUGCUUGCGGCUCGCUAGCAGCCAUCGAAGAGCUUGUCGGCCGGGGUUACAAGAUGGAUGCUUCAGAUGCCCUGUAUUGUGCCAUGUUGCAUCGUGGUGGGAGUGCAGAGCUCGUUGAGCGCUUGGUGGCCUUGAGGGCCGAUGUGAAUCGAUCACGCAGUGUCUGGAAGCAUUCAACAGCUUUCGGAGUCUUGGCACUCCUGAAGUCUUUUCAGCACCGAUAUAGCAAGGUCAGUGCAGCCACAAGAACUCUACACCAUGCUCCCAAAGCGACGCCGCUCAUGCUGGCCAUUAAUUCAUCUCAAUACGCAGGUGCUGCAGCUCUCAUCGCAGCCGGCGCAAAGCUUGACAUGCGCAACUUACGUGGUUGGACUGCGGCUGACUUUGCAAAAGGACAAUCGGUUCCAGAUUUCUUGCUGCAGGCUUUCGAGGGAAGCCCAGAAGAGUGCGAAAGGGUUGCCGAAGUAGCGCGUGGUGACUACGUUGAAGAAGUGUUUUGA